AUGUACUACUCCAGCCAAUGCCAAUACCAGACAAUGGCGUCUACUUUAAAGAAACUGCCCCCCUCACACCUGCAACUGAGCCCUAGUACAAGCACCGGUGCUGCCGCAAUUGAGGAAGAAAAUAGGCAGGGCGUUAUGGACAAAGAGCAACAGACAUUCACUCGAGGCAAGCUUCUCUCAACCGGCUUCUCAAUUCUGCGCUAUUAG